ACUUUUUAAUAAAUCUACUCCUGUCUCCCCUAACCCUGUGCUCUUCUGCUCGUCUUUUCACGAUCAGACUUGAGCAAUCCUAGAUACCCACUCGCUUCAGCACCGACCAAAAUGUUCUCCAAGCUUUUGUCUACCGCUGCGGUGGUCCUGACAGCCACCCAGCUCGUUUCAGCUCAGACCUAUACUGCCUGCGAUCCCACUAAGAAGAAGUGCCCGGAUGACCCUGCUCUAGGUUCUACUGUCACCGUUGACUUCACCAAGGGAGAGAACAGCCUUUUUAAGGCUGCCGAUGGUACUAAGCUUACCUACGACAGUAACGGUGCUGUCUUCACCAUCAACAAGGAGACUGAAGCCCCUACUAUCACCAGCAACAAGUACAUCUUCUUCGGCAAGAUCGAUGUUGAGCUCCAGGCUGCCCCCGGCACCGGUGUAGUUACUAGCUUCGUGUUACAGUCCGACGAUCUUGACGAGAUCGACUGGGAGUGGCUUGGUGGUGACAAGACUCAGGUCCAGUCCAACUACUUCGGCAAGGGUGAUACUACCACCUAUGACCGUGGUGCCUACCACGAUGUUGCCAACCCCCAGGACAACAUCUACAAGUACUCUAUCGACUGGACUAAGGACUACGUCCGCUGGUUUAUCAAUGACAAUCAGGUUCGCGAGUUGAAGUAUGCCGAUGCUAAGGGAGGCACUCGAUUCCCCCAGACCCCCAUGCAGAUCAAGCUUGGUACUUGGGUUGCUGGUCGUUCCGAUGCUCCUGAGGGUACCGUCCAAUGGGCUGGUGGCAAGACCGACUUCAGCCAGGCUCCCUUCGUCGCUCACUACAAGUCCCUAACCAUCCAAGAUUACAGCAACGGUGUUAAGAACGCUGUGAAGUACUCCUGGGCUGACGGCUCCGACGGUUCUUACCAGAGCAUCAAUGUCAUCACUGGUGACGGCAGCGAUGAUGAGACUACCACCAGCAGCUCUGCCUCCAGCACUGCCAAAUCUACCAAGACUUCUUCUGAGGCCACUUCCACCAAGAUCUCUGCCAAGAGCACUCUGGCCACCGUCACCUCCACUGCCAGCGCCUCCGCUACCGCCUCCGCCUCUGCCUCUGCCUCUGAGUCCGCGUCUUCCAGUGGUAGCGAUACCGAGGCCGCUGCUUCCAGCAGCAGCAGCACCUCUGCCACUGCUCCUCCUGCUAGCGUGCCUACUACUGGCGGUGCUAUGAAGGUUGGCUUCAGCACUGCUGCUAUCGGUGCCUGCCUGAUGGCCGCUUUCAUGUUGUAAAUGCAUCUUAUGUCGAAUUUUGCGAAUAGCGCCCUUUUGGCAUUGGUGAAUUGGUAAUCUGUGGUUUCCACUGCUACGAACCGGCCGUCUUUACUUCUUCUGAACGAUCCUUUUGCACAUAGCUAGAGCUCGAUUGCCUUCCCGCACGUCUUAUAGAAAACAACGGGAAAGACGAUCCGCUU